AUGUUUUUCGGUAGGGCUUUAAGGUACGCCUUCUCCGCAUCAUCUCUUUCCCUGCCUCAUGCUCUUAGCCCCAGUUUCCGUUUUCUUUCCCGUUCGCCAAAUCCUAAGAGCAUUGAAGAGGCUAUCUCUUCAUUUCAUGGCUUGCUUCAUAUGAAUCCCCAACCCUCUAUAGCUCGUAUUAAUAAGAUUCUAGGAUCUCUCGUGAAGAUGAAGCAUCACCGAACUGCUAUUUCCCUUUUCGCAAAAGCAGAAUGCAAGGGAUUCACGCCUUCUUUAGUUACUCUGAACAUCUUAAUCAAUUGUUACUGCCAUUUGGGCAAUAUGUCUUUUGCUUUCUCUAUACUAGGGAAGAUUCUCAAGAUGCGCCGUCAGCCAGAUAUAAUAACUUUAAGUACUCUGUUGAAAGGUCUCUGCAUUAAUAAUAACGUUAGAGAAGCCCUUGUCUUUCAUAGUGACUUAUUGACAAAAGGUUUUCAGUUAAAUGAAGUAAGCUAUGGUACCCUGAUCAAUGGCUUCUGUAAAAUUGGAAAAACGUCCGCUGCUCUUAAAUUGCUUCGAAAGAUGGAGACAGGGUUAGUUAAGCCUGGUUUAGUUAUCUACAACACAGUCAUAGAUGGUCUUUGUAAAGAAGGGCUUGCAAUUGAGGCAAAAAAAUUAUAUCAUGAAAUGACUGAUAGGGGAAUAUCUCGGGAUAUUGUUACCUACAACUCUCUAAUAUAUGGUUUCUGUUGCAUGGAUCAAUGGCACGAAGCCACUUGGUUUCUAAAUAAAAUGGUCGUAAAAGGCAUCAGACCUGGUAUUUAUACCUUCAAUAUAUUGAUAGAUGCAUUUUGUAAAAAGGGGAGGAUAACCAAAGCUGAGGCAAUAGUUGGUAGGAUGAUGAAAUGUGGUACAAAGGGUGAUGUUAUUACUUACAAUUCUUUAAUGGAUGGGUACUCUAUGAUGAAUAAUGUUGAUGAGUCGAAGAAGGUUCUUAAUAGAAUGAUCAAAAGUGAUGUGUUGCCUGAUGUUUUCAGUUACACUAUCUUGAUUAAUGGGUUAUGUAAAAUGAAGAGGAUUGGUGAAGCCAUGGAUCUCUUUCAGGAAAUACAAUGCAAAGGUUUGUUUCCUGAUAUUGUGACAUAUAGUAGUCUUAUUGAUGGCCUGUUCAAAUCAGGAAAGAUCUCAAACGUGCAGGAACUUAUUUACGAUAUGCAUGAUAGUGGUCAUCUACCAAAUAUAGUAACCUACAAUGCCUUGUUGGAUGGAUUGUGCAAGAGCCAGCGUCUUGAUGAAGCAAUUAUGCUAUUUAAAAAAAUGGGCGUACUGGGAAUACAACCUGAUAUUUACAUAUAUACCGUUCUUAUUGAUGGCUUGUGCAAAGGGGGCAGGUUAAAUGCUGCACAACAGAUUUUUCAGUAUCUUUUAGUCAAAGGCUAUCGUUUGGAUGUCCAAGCAUAUACUGCUAUGAUCAAUGGACUUUGUAAGGAGGGCUUGUUUGAUGAGGCAAAGACAUUACUUUUUCAAAUGGGAGAGAAUGGAUGCCUCCCAAAUGUUGUAACUUUUGAAACAAUCAUUGGAACUCUUCUGGAAAAAGGAGACAAUGAUAAGGCAGAGAAUCUUCUUGAUGAAAUGAUUGUUAGGGGUCUCCUAAAACGAUAA